AUGUUGUCUAUAAAAGCUUAGGUUGCUGUUGCGACCGGCAUCAGUUUGCCAUCAAACUUAGAACAAAGUAAAGCUUACUCCAACAUACAAUCACAAAAUAAAAAAUCAUUAUUAUGAACUUCAACAAAUUGUUUGUUUUUGUUGCCUUGGUUUUGGCUGUCUUUGUUGGCCACAGCGAAGCGGGUUGGUUGAAAAAGAUUGGCAAGAAAAUUGAACGCAUUGGACAACAUACCCGUGAUGCAACCAUUCAAGCUAUUGGAGUUGCUCAGCAAGCAGCAAAUGUGGCUGCAACAUUGAAAGAACGUGUCGGACAACAUACCCGUGAUGCCACUAUUCAAGCCAUUGGCGUUGCCCAGCAAGCGGCAAAUACACAACUCACAAUCACAAAAUUAAAAACCAUCAUCAUGAACUUCAACAAGAUGCUUGUCUUUGUUGCCUUGGUAUUGGCUGUCUUUGUUGGCCAUAGUGAAGCGGGAUGGCUGAAAAAGAUUGGCAAGAAAAUUGAACGUGUCGGACAACAUACCCGCGAUGCCACUAUUCAAGCCAUUGGCGUUGCCCAGCAAGCGGCAAAUGUGGCUGCAACUUUGAAAGGAAAAUAAGGAAAAUAUAACAGUGUUAAAAUAGAGAACUGAUUUUAUUUUUAUUUAUUAUUUUUAAGUUAUUUAUUGAAAUAAAAAA